CUUGUCACCCGUGGAAGGGCCACUGGCUCGGAAUCUCCAAAAGUCCUGAAGCUCAAUGCAAGGGUUUUCGGAGCUAUCCUCGGAGAUCGUGUGAGCGAUAAACCCCUGUGGGACUCGAUCCUGGCUGAACGCGUUCGAGCCCCCACCUGCGUCACGACACGCGCUGUCCCACUCGUGGGCCAGGGUCGUGGUGGCGGAUCUUGGAGCUUCCCGUCCCAAAGGCUUGGUGUCGCCUGGCCCUCGCGCCCACUCCAGACUCAUCUUUCAUACAUCUCCUUUCCAGUCUUCGCCAUGGCCGACGAACCUAUUCUCCCCAGCCUGUCACCGUCUAUAUCAUGGAACGCCCAGACCCAGAGUUUUAGUAACAAUCCGAGAAAGCGGAGGUACAACUUUAAAAGCCAAUCUGUCGCGCCGCCGUCAUGGUCCAACUCGAGUGACCCUGCCGUCUUUUCCAGCGAUGACGACCCAGGUCUGGACAACUACGUCGAAGGACGGCGAAAGAAGAAGAAGAAGUAUGUAGGCUCUUGGUUCCACCAGCAGCCCGCAUCCUCCGAUUCUGCGACCGGGGAGCCGCGGCCGGUGCUGAGGGGCAAGCGAACCUUCAAGCGCGAUCUUGACAGUGGUGUCUGGAUGGGCAGUGACAGUACCGAUGGCGACGAGAGCGUGAUGAUGCCUGAUCUGCCGACGCAGUCAAAGCUACCACAGCUCAACCGGGCAAUGACCCGGCGGCGCAAUGUCAUUUCGGCCGAGGAGCUAGAGGCGCGGGAGAGAGUGCAACAAUGUCUGGACUCUGGUACCGAGUACAUUGACCUAUCUAUGAUGGGACUCAAGACUCUCACCGAUGCUACUAUUCGCCCUCUCUCCGAGUUCUCCUGCAUUCCGGUUGUCGCCGAGGGAGUGCCGUUUGAGCAGAAGGACCCAGCUUUGCAGCUGUACCUAUACCGCAACCCUCUGCAGCGGUUGCCGGGGGCCAUAUUUGACUUGGAGCACCUGACAGUACUUUCACUGCGUGGAUGCCGACUGCGAGAGCUGCCACCUGCGAUUGGCAAGAUGCGAAACCUUCGCACCCUGAACCUCGCACAGAACCUGCUUAGAUAUCUUCCGGCCGAACUGCUGGAUCUCAUGGCAGCACCCUCCGCUUUGGAAGAGUUGCUUCUGCAGGGCAACCAUUUCUUCCAGGCGGCUGAGCGACCUAUCCUGGCUGACCUGGAAACCCUUGAGAGCGACGCUUCGAGAGGUACGGGACUGGCCGAAGUGUGGAAGCCUGGCUUCAACGGUGUUGCGGCUAGGUUCUUUGUGCGAUCACCAGUCCACUACCUAGACAGCUCGGGCUUCCCGCACUCUGAUUUCCGCCUCGACCCUGAGGCUAUCAUUGUGCAGACGGAGCGACAGGAAGACGCGGUGAACAGCACAUCGCUUAUCUCCCCGCCGUCAUCGGCGCCUUACCACUCCAAAUCCGUUGGAAGAAGCGUCCCGAGUGCAAAAGGGAGCCGCGUUCCUAGUCUGAUGGAGCUGGCGCUGCGCAGUGCCUACAAGAGCUCUGAACUCGGCGAGCUGCCCGACUACAUUCCCGAUUCGCUGGCUCAUUUGCAGGCUCUGCUCGAGCGUGCUGCCGACCAGCGUGAGGUAGGCGGGCUCACCUGUUCUGCGUGCAAGAAGCCCUUCGUGGCACCCACGACCCAAUGGUUGGAGUGGUGGCAAGUUUGCCUUGUGGAGAGCAGGCAGAACCAAGAUGGUCACGUCGUCAAGGCUCGGCCAUGGACGGACCUGGAUGAAGAGAACGAGGGUGCUGUUCCGUUCUUGAGGAGAGGAUGCUCGUGGAAAUGCGGCCCUGUCAGUUUUGAGGAGGGACAGUGGACGCUUGUCCCCGCUGACAAGGCGGAGUGA